AUGCCCACUCUCGUCGUUUAUAAUCCUGUCUGCGGACAUGGCGGUGCGCAACAGCUGUUCGAUGACCAUGUCCUCCCCCUUCUGCAGCAGAACGGCGUCCGCGUCGACAAGCUGCUCGUCACCGAGCGAGCAGGGCACGCAGGCGAGUUCAUCACCGAAUACCUCGAGGCCGUCGAGGGCCCAUUCACCAUCGUGCUUGGUUCGGGCGACGGCACUCUGCACGAGAUCAUCGAGACAUUGACGACGACGACGCCCAAAGGCAUGCGCGCCUCUGCCCCGCCCGCAAAACUCACCUUCGCGCUCGUUCCCUGUGGCACUGCCAACGCCCUCUACGCCUCCCUCUUCCCGCCCGCCCCCGCCCCCGACGCCGACGUCGAUUCCGUCGAGUACAAGCUCCAGUCGGUUCGCUCGGCAUUCGUCGCACACACCCGCCCCGCCCCGCUCACCCUCGCCCUCACCACCUUCUCGCCGCCACCCGGAACGCGCGCGCGCACCCAGCCCCGCACCGCCGUCUCCGCCGUCGUCGCCUCGACCGCACUCCACGCGUCCAUCCUGCACGACUCGGAGGCGCUGCGUGCGUCCGUGCCGGGGCUGGAGCGCUUCAAGCUCGCCGCCGCCCAGAACAUCGCGCGCUGGUACACCGCGACGCUGACCCUGCUCCCCGCCCCGGGCAGCGGCAGCGUGCAGGUGUUCGACCCCGCCGCGCGCGCAUUCGUGCCCAGCCCGGACGGCCCCAUCGUCGACCUCGCGGGCCCGUUCGCGUACUUCCUCUCGACCGUCAACGUCGAUCGCCUCGAGCCGCGCUUCAGGGUCACCCCGCACGGCAGGGACCCUCGCGCAGCUGGCGGCCCGACGCUGGACGUCGUGGUCCUCCGCCCCGCCGGCGACCCGACGGCGGAGAUGGACUCGGAGGAGACGCGCGCUGCGUUCGCGAAGAAGACGAUGGCCGUCAUGGGCGGUGCGUACGACGACGGCGCGCACACCCUCAUGCGCUACGCUCCGGAUGGCAGUCUGUCGACCGAGGGCGACGGCCCGUGCGUCGUCGAGUACUUCCGCUGCGGCGGGUGGGAGUGGGAGCCGGUGAGUGCUGCAGCAUCUUCCGAUCGCGCCGGUUGCAGACGUUUGGCUCUUCCCGCACAGGACGAGAUCGACGAGCGCGCGCACCUGGUGUGCACCGAUGGCGAUAUACACGAGAUAGAGAAGGGCGGGAAGGCGUCGUGUGUCGCUGUCGCGCCCAUCGACGACAAGUCCGGCUUUGCGGUCUUUGUCUGA